AGGAUGCAGAGAGCCUCUCUGGAGCACAGGAGCCCCCUCGGCCGGCGUUCCACUCCGCAGGCCCCCUGCCUCAACUUUGGAACGAGCCAGAUGGGAACUGGAGGGCAGCCACUGUCCCCGGACAGGAAGAUGCUGUGACAAGCCAGCCAGCUUGGCAUGGAGUUGAACCGGCUGCUUCUCUUCACUACAUUCCUGCUUCACAUAAAACCAUCCAGGAUGAGUCCCAUGGGGCUGAUCUGUGACCAGCGGCUCAUCCAGAAGUACGUCCUUGAAGCCGUGGCUCUGGAGGACAAAGUGAGCCACUGUGGGGAGCUACCCUUGCUUCAGCAGCCCGUGCAUUUGCCCCUGGUGGGUUUCAACCCCAGAGACUGGAUGGCGAAGACGAAUCAGGCCAAAGGGCUGGAAGUCCUGCGUGACCUGGCCAAGCUGGUGGAUGGCACGGCAGCUGCCCAGCGUGGACUGCAGCCGGGGUGCGCCUUUGCACUGCUGCAGCAGCUCUAUGAGAAAGCCAGCACUUUCCUCCUGCAGCUACGGAACUUUGAGUGGCAGGAGCAGGACUCCACCAGGCAGCCAGAAGAAGAUUCCCAGUUAAUUCCGGAGAGAAAUCUUAGGACCAUCUUCCAGACCUACAAGCAGCUUGUCCGGGGAAAGCUGCGCCUCCUCUUCCAUGACCUGUGGAAAGACUCCUGUGGCGGAGAUCACGGGUAGAGAUGGCCCAAUGCCCCCUGCUCAUAGCAUGUUGGCUCGGAAAUUAUCCAGUUACUCUCCCUGAAAAUUGGGUAGCUUUCCAAACCCUUUCAAGGCUCAGAAAACCCUUCCCCACCAGCCCCCACCCUUCUACAGUCCUUCUACCCCUUUUACUUACUGAUCAUCAGAGGCAGCAAGCAGGAGUAUUGGCAGUUUUGUCCACUUGUGUACAGUGCAGCACCAUGCAUUGGGUUUUUGUCUAGGGUUCUUUCUCUCAGCAGUCAAGGGAAAGGUGCAGUGGCUCCUGGGACUUGUAGACUUCCCAAGGGCAUUGAAGCAGCCCUUGGGAAGACUACUAGUCCCAAGAGUCACCAUGCCUUUCCUUUGACCUCCUGAAGGAAGAAAAAGAGCAGUUUGCUGCUGCAUCAUUGCACUUUACAUGUAGGCAGAGAAUCCAUUGCUGACCAGUAAGUAAAGGGUAGGAACUGGGGCAAGGUGCAGAAGACAUCUUGUAGAAGAGCAGAGAAGAAUUUUGGGGACUUGGAGCUCAGAUCUCCUUUGAGGUGAGCUUUGUUGAGCCUGAACUUUAAGAAUGUCGGAGACCAGAUGGGGCUACCAAUUUUGCCCAGCGCCCUUCCCGUUUGACCCCCUCAAGGGGGCAGUGAGCGAUGGUCCAAGCCAUCACGGGAGAGGCGAGAUGAAUAGCAGGUCACCCAGUGGCCUGCAGGGCAUAAGGCCAAAACUCCAGGAGAAAGAGACCCCAGUGGAAAAAGACAAGAAUUGCGUGGCAGUGGAAGACAGAGGUUCCAGUCCUCCUCAUCAAAGAACUGCUUGCUUUAGGCACCUGCAGGCAAGGCUUCCGGAGAUGAGCAAGUCUGGCUGUGCUCUCAGGAGGACUUUCCCCACCCCAUUCGUCUUCCUUUGGGGUGCCUGAGAUGUUAGCAAAUCCAGCAGGUUCUGUGCAGUUAUUGGAAGCGUCAGCAUUGCCAGCUUUCUUGAAACCUCCCUCACACUGGAGUCCACGGGCCUUCCUUCAGCUGCAUGCCAGGAACAAGGAGAGGGCUUCCAAACAGCCAUUAGGCCAUACAGGGCUGCCGAGAGGAUGUCCCAGGCUGAGCACAGAGCUUGUACGGGAGUGACCUUCUGCUCCUGUUCCCCCAGAGGUUUUCCAGGCGGUGCAUGUUUAAAAUGCACAUGCCCUCACACAAGGGGAGCACUUCUUAGCAACCUGAAGGAACGGAUGCCCAGAGUUUCUCUCAGCGAGCUACGGACUCCCCAUGAAUGCCAUCUGCAUCCUCCUGCCUGUGGGUCUGAUUUUAGUGACAACCAUAAAAACACAUGUUGGCAGGAAACUGGUAUGGAGGCCUGAACUUCAGAGGCAAAGCACAACGGAUGUGUUUUAUUUAUUUGUAUUCAUUUUUGCUACUCACCGUAUCCCAAAACUUGCAUCAAGGUGUGAGAAAGGAUUAGCAGAGUGUUGAAAAAAAGGACACAGAAUUGGGUUGAAAUGGGUGCAAAAUUUGGCACACCUUAUGGAUGUUGUCCUGGCUUUGAUUGCCCUUCUAUACCCCCAGGCUUUCUCCGAUGGGCUGGAGGUUUUCUUGGGACUAUAUAUUGGCAAGGAUCUUAUAGAUGUGGUGACUACCUGGAUGGCUUUAAGAGGGGCUUAGAUAAAUUCAUGGAGGAGGUCUAUCAAUGGCUACUAGUCUGGUGGCUAUAGGCCACCUCCAACCUCAGAGGCACAAUGCCACUAAAUACCAGUUGCAGGGGAGCAACAGCAGGAGAGAGGGCAUGCACAUACCUCUUGCUCGUGGACUUCCCAGAGGCAUCUGGUGGGCCACUGUGUGGAACAGGAUGCUGGACUAGAUGGGCAUUUUUGGGCCUGAUCCAGCAGGGCUGUUCUUAUGAUGUUUCUCAGCAGACUGCAGCAGGAAACAUCUCAGUGCUGGGUAAACUCAUGUGGAUAUAUGGCAUCGUCCUUACCAUGAGUGACAGCAUAACUCUCAUUUCUCUUAAGGCUGGAAAUCUAAGAAUUUCUGGGCUUAUCCACUGACAGGGGUUUCCACCUGUGGGUCCACAGAUGAUGUUGGAAUACAACUCCCAUCAUCCCCUGCCACAGUGGCUGAGGCCUGGAGGUGAUGGGAGUUGUAUUGCUCUGGGGACCCACAGUUGGGAAUGCUGGCAAUAACUACGGCAAAAUAUUUAUGCAAUGUUUUUCAACAAAUGUUCUCAAAGCAGUUUAACCCUUGCAGUAAGGGGCUGGAAAGUCAGGUGUGAGCCACUGUGACAGGUGGGCAGGGGGAGAAGCAUAAUUCUCUGCGGUUCAGCCUGUCUGACACUGAUGGUUCACCUCAAGAGGACUUCUGAGGCAACCUGACUGAAUGCCUGUUGAUAAGCCUGCAAACUGGUUAUUUCAGAUGUGAUGGGCCUCGACCCCAAUUCUUAUUGUCAAUGGGGUUGUAUAUUUAAUAAUUAUUUUGUCUCUACA